UUUUUUUUUCUCUCCCUCUCUUUCACUCUCUGGGCUUUUUUAAAAACGAGUCAGAAGCCUCGAUGUUGGAUGCCGUGCUAUGACAACGUCACUGCUCCUCCGUCCGCGCUGGGUCGACCCGUCGGUGAUGUUCCUCUACGACAACGGCGAUGAAGUGAGCAAGAACAUGGAGGGCUUCGCGGGUGGCAACUUCGCGGCGAACCAGUGCAGGAACCUGAUGGCGCACACCGCCUCCCUGGCGUCCGGCUACCCGUCGGGCGACGUGCCCCCCUCCGGCGUGAGCGAGCCCGUGAAGCAGUGCAGCCCCUGCUCCGCUGCGCAGAACCCACCCGGCGCCUCCCUGCCGUACGGCUACUUCGGCUACCCGUGCAGGAUGUCUCAUCACAGCAGCGUGAAGGGAGCGCAGCCCCCCUCCGCUUAUGGAGACAAAUACAUGGACACGGCCGCCCCGGGCGACGACUUCUCCUCCCGGCCGAAGGAGUUUGCUUUUUAUUCCACCUACCCAUCAGGACCUUACCAACCUGUCCCCAGCUACCUGGACGUGCCCGUGGUGCCAACUAUCAGCGCGCCGUCAGAAGCCAGGCACGAGUCCCUGCUGCCCAUGGAGAGCUACCAGCCGUGGACUCUGGCCCCCAACGCCUGGAACAGCCAGGUUUACUGCGCCAAGGAGCAGCCCCAGCCUGGACACAUGUGGAAGUCGUCCAUACCAGACGCAGUGUCUCACGCCGGGGGAGACUCCGGCUCUUUCCGACGCGGAAGAAAGAAGCGCGUGCCAUACACCAAGGUGCAACUGAAGGAGCUCGAGCGCGAGUACGGCGCCAAUAAAUUUAUCACGAAGGACAAACGGAGGAGGAUAUCGGCUCAGACCAACCUGUCCGAGCGCCAGGUCACUAUAUGGUUUCAGAACAGACGCGUAAAGGAGAAGAAAGUUGUCAACAAAUUGAAAACGAUCAGCUAGUUUUUAUUAUUAAUAUUAUUAUUUUUUUAUUAUGAAAUAAUUGGUUAUUCUCAUUAUGGACACAAUCAGUUGGAGGUACAGACACACUGCAGUUUCGGGACACAUGGAUUGGAAUAACACGCUCCUUCUUGACUGAACAUUAUUCAAAUGUGUUUCAGGCAAAUGUUUUCCGGAGCCUGUGGAACAAAACUGCCCGGGGCCUGUGAAGGCCGGACCCUCCAUUCCCCUCACAUGUUGUUAAAUAUUAAGUGGGAAAGAAGAAAAACUAGAAUAUAGCUGUAUUAAGUGUGACUUCUCCCUUUUUUUUUUACUCCUUUUUUUUUUGGCAUGCUCACUUUUUAAAGCAUGAAAAUAAACUGACCUCUGUUGAAAGGAUGUGUGCGCCACCGAGCUACACCUUUAUCUUUAACAAGGGCGAUAAAUGGAAGAUUGACAGGAAGCUCUGCUGGUUUGGAUUUGGACCUUGGGAAGGUUAAAUAUUAAUCAGCUCCUGGCAUCUUUUGGAAAAUGCUAUUCUUACGCUUUGCUUCUUUAUGAAGUCUUAAUCUUAUCAUAUGAAAUCCGUACUUUCAUCCACAUCCAGUCCGUGGUGCAAUUCUUAUUAUAAUGCUUAGAUAAUCGUGGAGAUGUCUUCAUAUCAAUCCUUGCUUUGUUUUUUUUAUUAUUAUAUAUAAUGUGUGCGUCUUCAUGUGGUUGUAUAUAAGUAUAAAAGUAAAUUCCGGCAUGAUAUCCAGGUUGUGUUUUACAGUCCAAUGUGUUAAAGUCCGUCCCUGCAAUAAAAUAUGGACUUGGUUGAAUUU